AUGAGGAACUUUAUUUCAUCCUUCGUCGUUCUGACGAGCCUUCCAAUAGUUGCUGCCUUAUCAAUUCAAGAAAGGGCAAAAGUCAGCAGAAGUCGGCUCACAGAAGCCCUUCGAUCUCCAUCUGGCAAGCUUACACUAAGCCCUGAGGUUGUCAUCCCAGAACCAUCAGAUCCCACUGCCAUUUUGCUUCUAUCUUCUGGAAUCGCGUCAACAUCUGAAAUGAUCCGAGUGCAAGCGAAGGCGAAUGCUGCCUGGGUGGAAGGUUCCGUCACAUCCCUCAAAAUGUUCUGCUCCGAACAGGAGCAGUCCCGAGGUAACUUCCCUGGACCCAUUCCUGUGGUAUACUGUGGUGACUCAGACGAUCUAGCUGGUGUUAUAAAUGCGGGAGCCGACGCAUUAAUGAUAUCUGCUUGUGGAGGAGAGGAAGUUACGUCGUUGGAUGAUUUGGUACUAGAUGCUACCUGGGUCGAAAAGUCGAAAGCUGCCUUGGAAUGCGGCUUACUACCAAUUCCAGAAGUUUUCAUCAGUGAUGCUACUGCACAAUCCUGGGGUGAAGAGGAAAUGGAAGGCAUGGUGUCGAAGAUUGCAGAGUUGUAUGGGGAAGAUCCAGUAUCAAUCCUUGUGACUAUCAACCCUGAAGACGAGGAAAAUCCUACUGCACAAGUGUCACUACCAAAGAUGACAAAGGCACUAGGCAAGCGAACCCCGAUCAUUGGUUCUAUCCGAGCUCAAGCUGGCGAAAAUCGAAUCGGCCAAGAAGUUGCUCGAUUGAAAGAAGCCGGUUUUACUGGAGCUCUCCUGAGAAGUGAUUGUAUGCCAGGUCUCCGAAUGAAAUUGGAUUUGGAUUUCGUUGGUGCUUUCUGGAGUGCCUGCAUUGGAGACUUGAAGAGUCUGAAGAGUAAGAGCUUCAACUUUCAAUCGAGGAACUGGAUGGACAAGAGUGCGUCACUUGAGUGGGCAAAGUACCAAAAUAGCAUUCUGGAAUCUGGAGCUCUUGGAGACCCAGAAACAAGCGUUGGUUUGAACACGGAAGGCGGAGAUUUCAAGGGAUUCUAA